AUGGCCAACAUGGAGGUGUCCUUCACACAUCUUGGAAACCACCUGGUUUCCGAUUCUGCUGCCGCCAUCAAGGCCGGUGGCUCCGACGAGCUUUCCAAUAUCGAUCCCGAUGAAAACCUUCUCCUUGGUGUCUACGGUGGACGUGGUCCCCGUGGCAACGCCAGACGCCGCCACGAUGACGACGACAACGAAACCGAGGUCCUCGACGACGAUGACGACGAGAGUUUGGCCAGCGUUCCGGUCGACGGCAUGAAGAGCCUCAAGCUGGAUGCCCCUGUGGAGGAGAAGGAACUGCCUCCCCACGCUUGCGCCUACUGUGGCAUCCACUCGCCCUCCAGCGUCGUCAAGUGCCUUGCCUGCAACAAGUGGUUCUGCAGCGCCAAAGGAAGCGGCUUCUCGUCUCACAUUGUCAACCAUCUCGUUCGAGCUCGCCACAAGGAAGUCCAGCUGCACCCCGAGUCUUCCCUUGGCGAUACCGUCCUCGAAUGCUACAACUGCGGUACCAAGAAUGUUUUCAUCCUCGGUUUUAUCCCUGCCAAGUCAGACACCGUUGUGGUCCUGCUUUGUCGCCAGCCGUGUGGUGCCAGUACGUCGACCAAGGAUAUGAGCUGGGAUAUAUCUAGGUGGCAGCCCUUGAUCGAGGACAGGGCGUUCCUCAGCUGGCUCGUUACCCCUCCCACAGAUGCCGAGCAGCUUCGUGCCCGCCACCUUACGCCGCCUAUGAUUGCCAAGCUCGAGGAAAUGUGGAAGGAGGCUCCCAACGCGACUGUUGCCGAUCUCGAAAAGAGUGCUGGAGUUGAUGAUGAUCCUCACCCGGUCUUGCUUAAGUACGACGACCCCUAUCAUUAUCAGAACAUUUUCGGCCCUCUCGUCAAGAUGGAAUCCGAUUACGACAAGAAGCUGAAGGAGGCACAGUCCGAGGAUGGCCUUCAAGUUCGCUGGCAUCUUGGUCUCAACAGCAAGCAUGUCGCCAGCUUCAUCCUUCCCAAGAUCGAGUCCGGUGAUGUCAAGCUGGCCGUGGGUGACGAGAUGCGUCUGAAGUACAAGGGAGAGCUGCGCCCGCCUUGGGAGGGUGUUGGAUAUGUCAUCAAGAUUCCCAACAACCAGUCCGAUGAGGUUGAGGUGGAACUUCGGAAAUCUGCCAAUGACAAGUCCGUCCCGACAGAGUGCACACACAACUUCUCGGCUGACUAUGUGUGGAAGGCAACCUCCUACGACCGCAUGCAGCUGGCCAUGAAGACAUUUGCCGUCGACGAGAUGAGUGUUUCUGGUUACAUUUUCCACAAGCUGUUGGGCCACGAGGUUCAAGUUGCCCCAACCAAGAUUACAAUGCCCAAGAAGUUCCAUGUUCCUGGUCUUCCCGAGCUCAAUGCCAGCCAAAUCGCCGCCAUUAAACAGGUCUUGUCCAAUCCUCUCAGUCUUAUCCAGGGUCCUCCGGGAACUGGAAAGACCGUCACUUCGGCCACCAUCAUCUAUCAUCUUGCCAAGAUGAGCAACAGCCAGGUUCUCGUUUGCGCUCCGUCUAACGUCGCCGUUGACCAGCUCUGCGAGAGGAUCCAUAGAACAGGCCUGAAGGUCGUUCGCUUGACCGCCAAGUCCCGUGAGGAUGUCGAGUCCUCCGUCAGCUUUCUGGCUCUCCAUGAGCAGGUUCGCAUGAACACUACCAACAAGGAGCUUGAUGGCCUCGUCAAGCUCAAGACCGAGACCGGCGAGCUUUCGUCUCAGGAUGAAAAGAGGUUCAAGCAGCUGACGCGCCAGGCUGAGCGUGAGAUUCUGCAGAACGCUGAUGUAGUCUGCUGCACUUGUGUUGGUGCCGGAGAUCCACGACUUUCUAAGAUGAAGUUCCGCAAUGUGCUCAUCGACGAAUCUACACAGUCUGCCGAACCCGAGUGCAUGAUUCCGCUCGUCCUUGGAUGUAAGCAAGUUGUCUUGGUUGGUGACCACAAGCAGCUUGGCCCUGUCAUCAUGAACAAGAAGGCUGCCAAGGCUGGCCUCAACCAGUCGCUCUUCGAGAGGUUGGUCAAGCUCCAGUUUACCCCCAUUCGCCUGAAGGUUCAGUAUCGUAUGCAUCCUUGCCUCUCUGAGUUCCCCUCCAACAUGUUCUACGAUGGAUCGUUGCAGAACGGCGUCACCGCCGCCGAGAGACUCCGCAAGGAUGUCGAUUUCCCCUGGCCGGUCCCUGAGACUCCCAUGAUGUUCUGGUCAAACUUGGGCAACGAGGAAAUCUCGGCCUCAGGCACGUCGUACCUCAACCGGACUGAGGCCGCCAACGUCGAGAAGAUUGUCACACGCUUCUUCAAGGCCGGUGUCAAGCCUGCCGACAUCGGUGUCAUUACACCGUACGAGGGCCAGCGUAGCUACAUCGUCAACACCAUGCAGAACACCGGCACGUUCAAGAAGGAAUCCUACAGGGAAGUUGAAGUCGCUUCCGUCGAUGCCUUCCAGGGCCGAGAGAAGGAAUUCAUUGUGCUGUCCUGCGUUCGCUCCAACGAGAACCAAGGCAUUGGUUUCCUUUCGGAUCCCCGUCGUCUUAACGUCGCCCUCACUCGUGCCAAGUAUGGUCUGGUGAUUAUUGGUAACCCCAAGGUUCUGUGCAAACAUGAGCUCUGGCACCAUCUUCUCGUUCACUUCAAGGACAAGAAGUGUCUCGUCGAAGGCCCUCUCACAAACCUCCAGCCUUCCCUUCUUCAGUUUGGCAGACCUCGCCAGGCCUACCGGCCGCAACGCAGCCACACCCAACAUGUUGCCAGCGGCGCGUCUAAUGGCCGGUACGUUGCUCCCUUGACUGCCGGCUCCGUCAGAGAUUACGAGACUGGUUCCAUGAUCUCGUACAUCCCGGAUGACGUCUCAUCCAUCCAUAGCUCCGCUCUGGGAGGUGCCGGUUUGAGCUCUGCUUACCCCACAAUGUUUUCAAACUUUCACCCUGAGGCGUGGCCUGGUCUGCCGGGUGCUGGUCCCAAUGGACGCCCGGGCGCUAAGGGCCGUGGUCGUGCGACAGAGAGUAUCGCAGGCGAGAGCGUCGCCAACAGCGAGUUCACCGAUGCUACUUCCAGUGUUAUCGGCAGCAAGGGUAUCGGACAGGGCGGCGCGAGUCUCGGUGCUGGCCUUAGCGAGGCCAUCGGAUCUGCCCGCCCUACUUCCUACAGCCAGAGCGAUCGCCUUAAGCAGUAUGUCGAGAGCAAUGGUCGCAUGGGAGUCGGCAACGGAUAUCGCCGUUAUGAUGACGACGAGAAGAGCGUCAGCACUGCUUUUGCCAGCCAGAUCGGGACAGGUUUUGAUUGA